AUGACUCGCCUAACUUCGACAUUCUUCCUCCUUACGAUCGCAUCUCUCUCGAUUGCUUCUCCACUGAAUCCCGCUGUGGAAAUCAUCGCCCGGACUGCAUCACCCCAAGACGAUACACCAACCACAACUGACUUGCCCACUACAACUAGUACCUCUUCAACUACCACCACUCCCUCCGCCGCAAUAGCCACCAAAAGUAUCGACGGUUGCAAUGUUCAAGGUACAGCUGACACAGCACUUGCCGCACGAUAUUUCGGGUCAGCCCCUUACGCCGAUAUUCUAAAAUGUCAAUCUACUUGUCGUGUUACAACACCAUGUAUAUCAUAUUCAUGGACGCCCUUGAAUGGUAACUGCACGUUGUAUAAUUCAUGGAUGGAUGACUUUAACACGGGUGAUACUACGGGUUAUGUGGUUUUGAGUGAUGAUAGUGGAACGUUCUUUUCGGAUAAAUAUCCGAGUGACGGGAGCGAUUUUUGUUACAAGGCUAUUUGA